AUUGCUCUUGUAGUUUGCUUCAAUUUUUCGUAAAAGAAAUAUUCCAAAUAUGUUUCUUCUCCAGUUUACCAUUAAUUAUUAAUAACACCUUCUAUUUUUUUCAUGUUUACUAAUGUUACUCAAUUAUAUUGUUUUAAUAAAAAUUUCGAACAAUUACUAUUUAGUAUAAAUUAAAUAUAAUCAUAUUAUAAAAUUAUUACAUAACAUAAAUAAACAGACAAAGAAUAUCAUAUUUUAUAACGAAUUAUAUAUAUAUAUAUUUCUAUAAGUGAUUAACAAAAGUAAUUUUAAGCAAAAAGUAAGUUUAUUUAUCUUUGAUUCUUUUUAAUUGAGCUAAAAAUUUUAGAAAUGAAUAUUUCCAUGUUUUUAAUAUAAAAAAAAUAUAAUUCAAUAUAUGAAAUUAAUUGGGUAAUAGUAACGUAAACUUACUUUUACCCAAUCUAUCAAUUGGGUAAUAGUAAUGUUACUAUUACCCAAUCUAUCAAAUUAAUUAGGUAAUAGUAAUAUAUAUAAUUUAUUUUGGCAAAAAAAUAAGAAUAAGUACAAGUUAAAGACCAAUUUAUUAAAAAAAAAUUAAUUUAUAAUUUAGAAAAUUCAUCUUAAAAAAUUAAAAUUUUGAAUAUCUUUAAAUUUGAAGAUAUACUGUUCAUUUCUUCAUUUUGAAACAAGAAAUGAAGAAUUAUUUGAGCAAAAAACAAAAUUGAAAUGAAGCAAAAGUGGAAAAUGAAACAUCAUUGAAAAUGGUAUACGACUAACUAAGACUACGUCAAGGGUAUUUUCAUACUUUGUGAUAUCAAAUCUGAUUAAUUGAGAUUGUGUAGUUGGCAUUCUAGUGGCUUAAUCGUGGCCAUGGAGCUUCUUCCCCUCUGCUUCUUCCAAAUUACCCUACAAAUAUACUUAAAAAAAGAACUCAAUGUAAAUAAAAUAACAUAUCUUCAUAGUAACGAGUGGAGUGAACCGACUAGAUCUACAUCGAGUUAUGUACAUAUAUGCCCAUGUAUUUUUAAUAUUACCAUACUUUUUAGGUUUACAGACCUAAAAAAAAAAACAAAAGAAAAAAUUGUACAGAGACAAAUUAGAUUAGAAUUUAUACCUUCCAACAUAAAUAAACCAAUAAGAGAAUGCAAAGACUGGAAAAAAAUUGAAUGUUACUGAGUGAUGGGUAGUUAAGGAACUUAUGGUGUUAGGCUGUCCAAGAAAAGAAGCAUCUAAAGAGUUCUUUGAGUACAACGUCUUAAAUAAGAAAAUGUCAGUCCCAUUAUAACCUCUGAAAACCAAACACACAAACACAUUAUACAAUCUCUUCUUCUCUGAGAUAUAAUGGGGAAAACAAGCAAGUGGAUUCGAAAUUUCUUAACCGGAAAGAAAGAGAGAACAAAAGAAAAGAUUAAUCAGAGCGAGCGUGGAUUCACUUCUACGACUCCAGGCACUCCUAAAGAGAAACGUCGAUGGAGUUUUAGACGUUCUUCUGCCACCGCGCCACCAACUUGUGCUUCUACCCUCAAAGAUUCAUCUCCACCGCCUCAACCGCCACCUCCUCCACAACCAUUUGUGGUGGACAGCGAAGAUGAGCAGAGCAAGAACGUUUCAGCCCCAGAGAUUGCAGUGGCUGUUGAAGAUUUUGCAGCAGUGAAGAUCCAAGCUUGCUUUCGUUCUCAUUUGGCGAGGAAAGCAUUAAGAGCGUUAAAAGGGUUGGUGAAACUACAAGCACUUGUGAGAGGUCAUUUAGUAAGGAAACAAGCAACGGCUACACUUAGAUGUAUGCAAGCAUUGAUUACACUUCAAGCUAAAGCUCGAGAACAGAGGAUUCGUAUGAUCGGAGAUUCACCAACAAAUCCAAGAACAUCGAAUCAUAAAACCCGGAUCCAUAACAUUUACCACGAGAAUGAGGAAAACAUCAAGAUUGUGGAAAUGGACACUCAGUCUAAGUUUUACUCUCCAGCUCCUUCUGCUAUAACAGAUAUGAGUCCUCGAGCGUAUAGUAGCCAUUUCGAGGACUGUAACUCGUUCAACACAGCACAAAGCAGUCCUCAGUGUUCCAGAUUCAGAGAGUAUUACAAUGGAGAUUCAUUGUCUUCUUACGAUUACCCUCUCUUCCCAAAUUACAUGGCCAAUACUCAGUCUUCUAAAGCCAAGGCUCGGUCUCAGAGUGCGCCUAAGCAGAGACCUCCUGAGAUCUAUGAGAAGCAGCCGAGCGGGAGGAGAAGAUCUUCGAUGGAAGCACCGAGGAACGGUGUCCCAAGAGCUGUAAGGAUGCAGAGAUCUUCCUCUCAGUUAGGCAAAGAAAGUCAAAGUCAUCAUCAUCAUCAUCAUCCGUGGAUGGCAAUUAAGCUCGAUAGAUCUAACAUUUCUCUUAUGGAGAGUGAAUGCGGAUCUACCAGUACAAUUAUGACCAACAGCAACUACGGCAGACAUGUUGAUGUGAGUCUGUAACCGUUACUUGUUUCCCAAGAAAUAUUUUACUUGAGGUUAAUCUUAUGUUUAUUGCUCUCUGGUUCUUGUCUAUGUGUUGUUUUGUUUAUUUCUUUCUUUUUUUAGUUGUGUUGUUUGAAGGCUCAGGAGAACAUGUACUGAAAAGUGUGAUUUAGAAACUAGUAAGUGAUUUGAUUGCUGGAAGAAAUAAGACAAACUUAGUAACUGAAGAAGGAUUCGUUUU